CGUAUACUUAUCCAUUUCCUUCUUAUAUGUUACGGAUGUAAAUGACAGGCCUUUACUUUAGGAAUAAAACAAAAUAAAUACAGUUAUAGGCGGCUGAUAUAAAUGCAGGCAAACAUAGUAUAUGAUAUUAUAAAUGCAUGUACAAUUUGAAUUGAAAAUUUAGAGAGAUUUAAAAUGUGGAAUUUAUGUACCUUUCUCUUUUUGUUGGUUAUCAGUUGUGCUGAUGGUUUUGGUUCGUUUCGAGAUAAAAUUCCAAAUGGUCGAAAUGUACCCCAUCCUUGUGAUCCGACAACAAUAUGGCAAGGUGUGGGACACGAGGCACGGGGAGGAGGAGGCCAACGAAAUCCAUUCGGACUGAACUUCAACAGGGAAGCAAAUACAUGGACUUCUACACUUUGUCGUAUGGAUUCAGAUGGCGAUGGUAAGACCAAUGGACAAGAAUUAGGAGAUCCGGAUUGUGAGUGGACACCAAAUAACGUACCAAAAUCUGUAGUGGGCCUGUCGCAUCCUGGUGUAUGUGAACCUCUUGGUGACCCAAAAUGCGCAGGAAAGAACAAUUUUCUGCAAUGUAACGACCUUUCCUUUAACUGUGAUAUGGAAAAAGAUACGAUUAACCAAACAUUGAAAUUUCCAACAACCAUGGUGCCAGCAACGGAAACAAAUUAUUUCUGCAUGACCUUUGACCUCCUAACAGAUGGAGAUUACCAUCUUAUUGCUUCAGAGCCAUUGAUUGACAAUGCUGAUGUGUUACAUCACAUGAUUUUAUACGGGUGCAAAGAUACAGUGAACGCGACAUCUACUCCCGAGAGCUGUGGAAUGGCCAAGGAAAACUGCAAUGAUAUGAUAGCGCUCUGGGCUUUAGGAUUUACUGGUGAAUGCCUUCAUAAAGAUACUGGUUUCAGGAUUGGAAUUAAUGGAAUCAAGAAAGCUACGUUAGAGAUUCACUGGAAUAACCCUGAGAAAAGGACAGACUAUAUGGAUGGAUCUGGCAUGUAUUUAUUCCUCACAAAGUCAAGAAGAGUCCAUGACGCGGGGAUUCUGAUGGUUGGACAGAAUUACAUUCAAAUUCCCCCACGCUCCCCUCGAGUUGUGGUGACAGCGAACUGUUCCCGUGCCGACACUUCACGAUUUAUAGUAAAUGGACCAGUCUACUUCACCCGUGCACUGAAUCAUAUGCAUUACUUAGGAAGAGAAAUGAGGUUGGAACAUUACAGGGAAGGAAAUAAGUUGCGGGACCUAACUUAUGAAACCGACUACAGUUAUGAUAGUCCUAAAACAUUCGAAUUUUCAACACCUGUCGAGUUCAGACCCGGCGACGAGAUAAUCACGAGAUGUGUCUAUUCUUCUACGAGCAGAAACAAGACUGUUUACAAAGGUGACGCAACAAAUGACGAAAUGUGUUUCGGAUUUCUCACCUAUCACCCAAAAGAAAGCCUCACUGUGACCAGAUGUACACAGUGGCAAGACAUAAGCGAGAAUGCUCUAUAUUCUUAUGGAGAUAGAGUCCGAGUUGUGAAUGGUUGUAAUGUUACGGCGUUUAAUGAUGAUAACCAUCCUGUUACGGCCUCUUUUAUAAAGACCGUCCUCGAAAACUGCGAAAUGCUCACCGGGUGCACAUCAGAAUGCCGUAGAUUUUUACCAGAAGCAAUGAAAAAUCCAUGUGUAAAUGGCAGUAUGGGGGCUUAUUACCGGGAUUUAGCCGUGGAACGUAGCUGGAAUUCACGUUUUGCUUUGUUUACAGCUCUCGAUUCCUGUAACACGGAGAUUGCACAAGAAACUUGCCAGUCUAAUUGUUUGGAAUCUUGUGAGACGUUCAGUAACGCAGUCAGCAAAGCAACGUCAGCAACACUCAUGAUUUCAAUCUUGAUCACCAUCAUUUAUUGUUUCUAAGAAUUGAAAUAUUUUUUUAUCAGGGACGUAAGUUGAGGAUAGCUAGCACUCACCCUUUUGCAAUAUA